UUUGUUUCACGUUGACUAAUCUCUAGCGGAGUCGUUUGGCCAGGUCUCCUGUUUCCUUCAACAACAUACUGACGGGACUGAAUUUAAGAAGGUUUUUUUUUUUGAUUUUUGUAAGGCAACUCAGUCAUGUCUCGUAGAUAUGAUUCAAGGACAACCAUCUUCUCUCCUGAAGGAAGGCUCUACCAGGUAGAAUAUGCCAUGGAAGCCAUUGGUCACGCUGGCACAUGCCUGGGCAUUUUGGCCAAUGAUGGAGUCUUGUUGGCGGCAGAGAGGCGAAACAUUCACAAGCUGCUUGAUGAAGUUUUCUUUUCAGAAAAGAUCUACAAACUUAAUGAGGACAUGGCCUGCAGUGUCGCUGGAAUUACAUCAGACGCCAAUGUUUUGACCAAUGAGCUGAGGCUAAUAGCACAGAGGUAUUUGCUACAAUACCAGGAGCCAAUUCCCUGUGAGCAGCUGGUGACAGCCUUAUGUGACAUCAAACAGGCCUACACACAGUUUGGAGGGAAGAGGCCAUUCGGGGUCUCUUUGCUCUACAUGGGGUGGGACAAACACUACGGCUUCCAGCUGUAUCAGAGCGACCCCAGUGGAAACUACGGAGGCUGGAAAGCCACCUGCAUAGGCAACAAUAGUGCAGCAGCUGUGUCUAUGCUGAAGCAGGACUUCAAAGAAGGAGAGAUGACGCUCUCUGCUGCCCUGGCAUUAGCCGUCAAAGUGCUGAACAAGACGAUGGAUGUCAGUAAGCUGUCUGCUGAGAAAGUGGAAAUUGCCACACUGACCCGCGAGAAUGGCAAGACCAGGAUCAAGGUUCUCAAACAGAAGGAGGUGGAGGAGCUGAUCAAGAAACAUGAGGCAGAGGAGGCCAAGGCUGAGAAGGACAAGAAGGAGAAGGAGCAGAAGGAGAAGGAGAAGUGAUGUGUCCCUUUUCUAACCCCAUGGAUCUGCAUCAUCAGAAUGCCACUUAGUUUAUCUGUAUGUGUUUUUCUUUAAUAAAACCUUGGUGUACGAC